CCGCGCAUAGUGCCAUUUCACUCAAAUUAAGAGCUCCCUCACAGGGCCUUCUUCUUCGAAUCCCAGCAGCGCGUAGGGUUAGGGUUCUUUGGGGCGAGCGAGCGAGCGAGCGAGCGAGGCGACGGGAAUGGCGACCGCCUGAGUGGCGAUGGGCGGCCACAGCGCUACGUUCGUCGAGGUUCCUUUGCUUGGACAUGACAAGGAGGAAGGCGUCAUACUCCAGCCGUGUACCAGGCAGUCUACGCUCAAGCGCUGCGCUGUGAAGUCGAAAGCUUCGCAGGUUCAGGGAAUGGGCAACGAAAAGCGGAAGUUUGAGAGCGACGAGAAGGAGAACAGCGUUGCCGCUCGGAAGAAGCUCAAAGCGUCGAAAGGGAAAACAAUGGAACUUAAGUUCGUGGGAACAGGGAAGCAAGAGGGAGAAGUGGCUAGCUCUCGGAGAAAACGAAAGAAUUCGCAGAAGGCGACGAGUUCUCAGGAUGAUGAAGACUCGGAUUACGGUGGAGGUCCUCAAAAAAUGAUGGAGCUUCAGUCGUUGCAAGACAAGAAAAACGCUAGUGAGGAACUUUCUACGACUGUCGCCCCCAAGCGCGCCACAAGGAAGCAGAAACGAGUCCAGUUGAAGCAGCUGGUUUCUUCGACGGAUUUUCUGCGCGAAGGCGUUGUCAAGGAGGCUGAUGGAUGUGAAACUAGAUCGGGCAGUGAAGAUCGGCAAGAUGCCCAAGCUAAGUCUCAGGCUACUACUUCUGAGGUGUCGACUCCAGGACACAAGGCAAAACACAAAAGUGUCAAAUUUUUAUUGAGCUCCACUAUCGAAACAGAUCAUGUGUGGGGAGCUAGCAAAACACCGGAGCUCCAACAAAAUGAAGAGGAAUGGCGAGCGAUUAAUUUGGACGCUGUCAAUCCUAUGGAGCUGAUUGGUAGGAGCUGCAAGGUUUUUUGGCCACUAGACAGCAGAUGGUACACAGGGGCCAUCCACGAGUAUAAUCCCGCAUCGAAGAAGCAUCGAAUCGACUACGUUGACAACCAAAUGGAAUGGCUGUGCCUGAGAAAUGAGAAGGUGCACUUUCAAAUGGGGAUCAAGGAAGAAAAAGUGCUGUGCGCUGCUGGCUGCGACGACUAUAAAAUGCGUCUUGGCGUCGACGAACUCGCCCUCUUGGCGAAUGAGAUGGAAAGUUUUGAAGAGCAAAUCAGCCACGGGACCGUUGUCUGGGCUAAAGUUAAAGGUUGGCCCAUGUGGCCUGCGCUUGUCCUUGACGAAGAGCAUGCUGAAAAGUGCGGCUUGGAGCGUCCCCUUAAGAAGUCGACUUUUGCUGUGCAAUUUUUUGGCAGCUGUGACUUUGCAAGGCUAAACAAUGACAAGAUCGUUACAUUUUCUAAAGGAGUUCAACUAAAAUAUCACUCAAAAUGCAAGCGCCCGGCAUUCGAUCAGGGAUUGAGAGAGGUUGAGAGUUAUUUGAAACAGGGAAGGCUUCCAGAGAAAAUGGCACAAAUGCUCGAGAUACAGUCCAAGAGUAGGAAUGACGUAGGGAAAGCAUCGAAAACGUCGGAUGCAGAAGAAUACAUUGAUGAUGAACGAGAGCAUCCAACGAAAACCAGGAUGGAAGACCUUAUGGGGUACCCUCUAGACCUUGGUAGCUUGAAAAUAUUAAGCUUGGGCGAAGUAGCUUUUGAUUCUGCACACUUUCAUAACAAACACUACAUAUGGCCAGUGGGAUUUUCUUCUGUUCGAGUCCUUCCGUUUUUCAAAGAUCUUGAAAAGCUCGUGGAACAUCGAAUGGAGGUCACUAGAUGUAAAUCAGAUCCAGCAAUACCUGUUUUUCAUGUUACUGUUGCCGAUACGAUUUCUUUUGAAGGUUCUACUCCUGGUGACUGCUGGAAGAAGGUGUACAAAGAACUAGAUAGAUUGAAGGAGAAACCUGCGAAAACACACUUCAAACGUCUUUCAGGAGCCAGUAUGUUUGGGUUUAACAAUCCACGAGUGUUCAAGCUUAUUAAGGAGUUACCAAAUGCACGCGAGUGUUCAAAUUUUAUGGACUGGGACAAAGUACAUUCUUCGAAGAAGUCAAAACAAACAGGACCAUCGGGAUACAAGCCCAUCAAUGUUAUGUGGAAGCACCUUGAGAGGUGCAACGUAUGCUAUCUGGAUGAGGAAUACGAGGGCAAUCUUCUGUUGCAGUGCGCGAAAUGCAGAUUGAUGAUACACAUGUCAUGUUAUGGAGAACAAGAUUUACCAAGUGAUGGUUUCUGGCUUUGUCAACUUUGUAAGCGAAAUACAACUCAGCUGCCGCUUUGUUGCCUAUGCCCAGUUGCUGGGGGCGCGAUGAAGAAGACUACAGACGGCAGAUGGGCUCAUUUGACGUGCGCGAUGUGGAUACCAGAAACAUGCCUUGUGGAUGUCAAGAAAAUGGAACCAAUCGAUGGCGUUAGCACUAUCCACAAAGAAAGGUGGAAACUGACGUGCAGCGUUUGUCGAGUGUCUCACGGGGCAUGCAUUCAGUGUAGCCAUCACCAGUGCAUGACAUCUUACCAUCCUCUUUGUGCCAGAGCGGCUGGAUUUUCCAUGGAGAUUCAGGACGACGAUGGAGACGGGCUUGAAAAACCGCUGAAGUUGCUGUCUUUUUGCUCCAAACAUAACAAUCGCGCAUCCUCGCAUGUUGAUGUUCAUCUUUCUAGCCAGGAGAGUGAGGUGGCAGAGAAUUCCUCUGGAUGUUCAAGAUGCGAACCAUACAAUCCCGUUUCGCGGCGCAGGAGGCAAGAACCUGAAGGCAAAGCUCUGUCUACUUCAAAGCGAUCAUUUGUUGAGAAGACGCCUUAUCUCGUCGCUAACUUCGAAAGGAAGGCAAAGCUCGUUAAAAUUGGCAAGGCUUACAAAUCGGUGUUUGGAACCGUUGGACAAGGAUCCUUUUUGUCGGACAGAAGCACGGAAGAGCCGGUGCUUUCGAUGUCGGCGAGGCUGGAGAGUAUGAGGUCUACAAUGCACGAUCGGCUAACUUUCGGAAAGUCAGGCAUUCAUGGCUGGGGUGUCUUUGCCAAGCAGAUCCAUAAAGCAGGCGAUAUGAUGGCCGAAUAUGCGGGAGAAAUUGUGAGAUCCAACAUCGCAGACAUCAGAGAACAACGUCAUUACGAUUCGCUAGUGGGUGCGGGAACAUACAUGUUUCGCAUUGAUGACGAGCGAGUGGUGGACGCAACGCAUGUCGGCAGCAUGGCGCACUUGAUCAAUCACUCGUGCGAACCAAACUGCUACUCCCGAAUCAUAACGGUGGACGCAAAGGACUCGAUCAUCAUUUUUGCGAAGCGCGACAUCCACCCAUGGGAGGAGCUAACUUAUGACUACAGAUUUGCUUCGAAGGGGGCGGAAUUGGUGUGCAACUGUGGAGCUCUAAAGUGUAGAGGCAGUGUGAGACACAGCGACGACAGUAACAAUGAGGGAAGGAUCCUUGCUCUUCGCUCCUCGCUACGCAGCUGGACGCCACUAUAAAGCUACGUUUAAGUUCUAAUCAAAGUAUUACUGCUUAACCCUAAUCAUAAACCCUUUUUUAGACCCUAAAAUUUGGGCACAAACCUCA